CAAAAGCAUCUUGGAAAGUAUAGCUAUAAACAUUGAAAACAUGCACCUUUUCCUAUAAAGGGUUGUGUAGGUCGAAGAACGACCAUUUUCCGGGGAUUAGUAUCAAUUAUCGAACGGAUUGAGGCGGCGCGUGUUGGCCUUAAUUACAAAAGUUUCAUCAUAAAUAAAGUGAAAAUGGCGUGGAAAGCGGGUGAAGAUAUCUAGCACGAAAGUAUAAAAAAUAUACAAAGAAUAUAAUAGUAAUAAUAAUAAAUAUUGCAAUAAUAGCAGUUUGUUGUAAAACUGAUAAAGCUUUCUGCGCUCGUCGCGAACUGACUGGCUAACUUGACGUCAGGACAUUUUAAUGUAAAAAUAGUGCAUAAUCCUUGUAUGAGUAAUAGAGAAUGCUCUGAAGCCCCCGCUUUUGCUUCGAUUGGCAAGUAAGAAUUGGAAACAGUUAUGUUUUGCGCGUACUCAGUCCGUCCGUCCGUGCGCUUUCGUCCGGGUUUAAUUGAAAUCGCGAGUGCCGUGGAAUCCAUGUGAUUUAUCAGUUUGUUAUUUGCGUCUUGAAUCAAAAUAACGCACACUCGCUAUUCAACGAGCCGUAUAGAUUUGAACCUUUCUCCGAUGAUCUUUUGACUAGAGCAGACGCAAUAAUCAUGGCUCCUGCAAAUAGCAAAUCAAGAUGUCCGUGGAAAGUACUUCGGCGCUAACUAGUCAAGAGGAAACAGAGAUGGGUGGAACCAAUUCAAAGGACCAAAAUGUGGACGAGCUGCCCUCGUCGACAUCGCCGUCAUCUUCAUCACCAUCAUUAUCAACAUCGGACGCAUUAUUGGACGUUGUUAAGUCAGUUUUUCUCGAGUCUCCAUCGAGUUCAAAUGAACGAAGCGACUACGGUGAUUCCAAUUUAUACACGGAGCAACAGACGAAUGAAGCAGUUGCUAGUUGCAAUACCAAUGAUGGCGAGGACUCCGCCACAGAGUCGCUCCCGACGGUUGAGGAAUUAACGGAAGAGCCGCACGAUAGGUCAGACGGGUCAGACUCCGGGUUGGGAUCGGAGCUGUGCGACGAAAGGGCUGUCGUUACCACAACGAGUACAACGGCUCUGGGCGAGAGCGAGAGCGACAUCUCGUUCCUGGAUAGAAUUCACGAGAGCUCGACGGCAGAAUUUGAGAUGCCAACGACAAAUUACCAAGAACCCAAGUCGAGCAGCGAAGUUUUGGAGCACAGCGACAUUAAGAUAAUUGGUGCUAUAUUGGAGGAAGUCCAAAAAGAAACGAACGCGAUCGGCGAUUGUGAGCCUAAGAGAAGCAGCCUGAAGAGAAAAUUCGAUGAGAUUGAGGUGGAGCCCGAAGAAAUUAGCCUGGAGCCAAAUCUCAAGAAGAAGAAGGGUAUUACAUUUGCCGGCGUCACCGUUUAUUAUUUUCCAAGGGCGCAAGGAUUCACCUGCGUGCCGAGUCAGGGAGGUAGCACCUUGGGCAUGGGUCCUCAACACUCGCACACCAAGAAGUUUUCUUUAACAGAACAUGCCGUGGAGCAGCGCAGGUUGCAUCGGCAGCUGCUGCAGCAAUUGAGAAUGGAAAGGCAAGUGGCGAGUAACACAGUUUCUUCAAGUGAUGACAGCGAUAGCGAAGAAGAACCCAGCGAUGCCUCAGAAUCAGAGCUGGACUUGGAAAACUACUAUUUCCUGCAGCCAGUUCCGACGCGACAGAGAAGGUCUUUGCUGCGGGCUGCCGGAGUGAGGAAAAUUGAUGCGUUGGAGAAGGACGAGUGCCGCGAUAUCAGGACAUCCAGGGAGUUCUGUGGAUGCGGUUGCAAGGGAUAUUGCGAUCCGGACACGUGCUCCUGCAGUCAGGCAGGAAUAAAAUGUCAAGUUGACAGACUGAAUUUCCCAUGCGGAUGUUCGCGCGAUAAUUGCGGUAAUUCCAGCGGGCGAAUCGAGUUUAAUCCUGUAAGGGUACGCACACAUUUUAUACAUACGCUGAUGCGUUUAGAGUUAGAGAAGAAGCAGAAGUCUGAGGAGGAGGCGGCCGAUAAGAAGUGGAUGGAAAGUGAGCGGUUGGCUUACAAGAAGGAGGAUGGUCCGACGAAGACGACGGGAAAGUAUAACAGCAGUUUACUAAGAGACGUCAAUUUAAAUUCGCACGUCGAAGUGGAGAGCUGUGUGCAUGACGGAAGUUUCACGAAUCUCCAUUACGGUGCACCGGGCGAAGGUCCUGGGCACAUUUCCCAUUCGCCUCCUGCUAAUUUCUCCAAUUUACCCACACGCGAAGAUUCCUUGGAUCUGUACACGUUUCGAGAAGAGUGCUAUAGGGAGGAGGAGGAACAGCGUCGCGAGAGUCCCGAUAAUAGGAAGCAUUUCCAGCCGCCCCCGCCGCCUCCGCUGCCUCCACCACCCCCGAACCAUGGGUUCCACUUUUCCACCGACCCCCGUUACACUGAUGUCGGUUUCCCGGCCGGCGCUCCCCCUUACACCGCCUCUCCUUCCAAUCAAUACACACAACCGUACCAACCAGGCUUCACCGACUUCGCCCCCGUCUUCACCCCCUACUAUACCCAAGAGUUUGCUUCCAAAACUCAUCACGAUGCGAACUUCCAGCAUAGCAAUUUUGAUCAUUUCGCAACCCAGGAUAACUACACUCCUUCAACCGAUACCAAGGAGAACCAGUACACCAGCUUGAACCCAGUUGCACCCAACAGUGCAAAAAUGGAAUCCUUUUCAGAUCUCCUUCACGGACGUUACUACUCCGAAUAUGAUGUUAACGCCGAAAGUUUUGCAAAUUUAGCAACGGCGGCGGAGGCAUCCACCAACUGCAUGGAUAUCGAAAAGUGUGACUCCAGCACAACAGUAGCGAACGCAGACGACAGCGACGAGAAUUUUGGAGAGAUUAUUAAAAAGUCAAUGGUUGAAACGGUCUCAGCUUAAGUAAAAUUAUAAAUAUACAUAAAUAU